UUUAAAAAAAUAUAAUUGUUUAGAUAUCUGCAACAUCCCAAGGGGAAGUAUGUGAUGAUGAUGUAUGGUUACUAUGAGAAACAUGAUCACACACUUCUAGUCACAGAGUAUCUCAGAGGUGGAGAACUCUUCAAACAGAUCACAGAGCGGGGAUUCAAUCUAACCGAGAAGAAAGUCAACAUAUAUGUUCUACAGAUAGUUCAGGCCCUCAAUUAUAUUCAUGACAAGAGGGUGGUUCAUCUUGAUAUUAAACCACAGAACAUCAUGCUUCAAAGUAGAAAUCAGGAUGUCAUCAAACUUAUUGACUUUGGUCUCGCCAGAGAGCUUUCCUCGUCGGGAAGAGUGCAGGCCAAUAUUUGUGGUACUAUGGGGUUUAUUGCACCUGAGGUUCUCAACUGCAGAUAUGCUUCGCCAGCCACAGACUUCUUCAGUCUUGGAGUUGUCAUCUACAUGCUCCUAUCUGGGGGACAUGAACCUUUCUGGUUUAAGGAUGACAUGACAACAUCUAAGCGUACACUUCACCUGCCUCCAAACUACAGCUGCAUUAAAAGGGUGUCUCAACAGGCCAUUCAUUUCAUUGACGGACUUCUACAGAAAAAACAGGAAACACGACUUCAUGGAAAGGACUGCUUAUCCCACCCCUGGCUAUCAGGGAAGGAGUUGGUUCAGGAUACUGUUCUUGAAACAGCCAAGAUGAGAAGCUAUAUGGCCAGAAACCGAUGGAAGAAAGCCUUCAAGUGUAUACGUGCUACUAUCCGAAUGAAAGCCUUGGGAGAAAAGAUCGGACCCUACAGAUGGUCCCAGGAGAUUCCCUGUGACGUUUAAACAUUAGCAAUCAAAACACUGUAAGAAGAAUUAUCAAAUGACUGAUAGAAUGUCGAAAUAACUUUUUUUAUUUUAUGUUCAUGUUAUUUCCAAUGUCCAGCAACAUCAAAAAGUUAUUAGAUAUCACGAUCACAAAAUGUUAAGAAAUGUUUGUAAUUUCAAAAUCAUUUCAGUUACGAGACAAUUUAUACUCACUAUAAAUUUUCUGGUUUACGUAAUGGAAACCAAAACUUUUCCAGUUCAAGAAACGGAAUCCGGAAUUUUUUACGGUUUAAGGUAUGGAAUCCGGAAUUUUUUUGGUUUGAAGAACGGAACCCAAAAUUUUUUUCCGGUUUCCAAAACAUAAACUGAAAAACUUCCGGUUUUCAUUUUAAUCAGAAAUUAUCCCGGAUUUACGGAACAAUUUUCCAUUUCCAAAGUCUUCUACUUAUCCUUAAAAAAACAUAUAUCUAUGAAAUUAUAACUUUAGACGCUUUUAUGUAUAUAGUCGUCGUCUUAUAUAGAAUACAAUGAAGACGAAUUUCGAUUGAAAUAUUUGAUUUCAACGAAGCUGUCAAACAGUUUAAACAUGGAAACAGAUAGAAGCUGUCAAUUAACAGCUCUCUUUGUUAGCUUGUAAACUUGUGAUAAAACUCAGAAAAGUCGUCUUCAUUGUAUCGAUAUAAACGCUGACCACUGUACAGAAACAUAGUUUUAUUUUAUGUAAAAAUAGCUUGAAAAUUUUACGCAAAAUAAAUCAAUUUUUUCUGUGAG